AUGUAAAGAUCGAUAUUUUUGCCAAUCACUACCGGUGAUAAUUCUUCUGUGUAAAGAAACACAUUUUUAACUAUUAAACUCAAGUAAUAUGUCGAGCUCAGAUAAAGUAGAUUUAUGGAAUACAGACAGUGGAAUGGAAUCAAUGUCCGACUCUAAUAAAGAUAUUACUCCAGUAUCUGAAAGAUACGAUGACGAAGAGGAGGAUGAAACUCUUGUUGAACGUCUUUGGGGUCUUACUGAAAUGUUUCCUCAAACUUUGAGAAACCAUACAAGUAAUGUAAUUGGUUUAACUAGACAAUUUAUCACAAAAACAUACUCUCUGUCUUGUACCACAACAUGGUGCAUUUCAACUACUGCUGCCUUGCUGCUUAUGCCAGUUCUUUUCGAAACAGAGCGUGUGCAAGUAGAAGAAGCUCAAAAAAAUCAUUCUAAACAAUUACUUUUGGGACCUGGCAGUGGAAGUGGUAAUUUAGGUGGUGGUAUGGCUGUAUUACCAAAUUAAUACUUACAUAUGUUAUAUUCUGUCAUUAUUAUCUUAGUUUAUUAUUUUGCCAAAUAAAUGUUUGUAAUUUGCUUUUUUGUUUUAACUUUGUAUUAUACAAAAAUGAUUAAAGGUGAUGCAUUACAAUCUUUA